AGCACCUCCCCUCCCCCGCGCCUCCAGCAUCGUCACCACGCCCUGAGCUAGUCUAUUCUGAGCAUGGAAGACCAAAUCUCUUUGUGCCCUUUUGUCAGCCACGUGUUACCCUUCUUCUCCACUUCUUUCCACCUCGUUCGCCCACGUAUCACUCAUCUUCCUCCUCACCUGUACAAAAUGACCCAAAAAAAAGACACAUGCAUGGCUCUUCUUUAAAACAGCCUCCCCUUGAAUUUAAAUUCCUCCCAUAACAUCUCUCUCUAUUUCUCUGUCUAAAUUUCUGUCAAUCUAAUUCAGAAAUGGACUCCCAAAAUGCUAAACAGCGUAUCAGAGACACAGACUACGAUCCCAACAUCUCCAACCCCGCCAAGAGCAAAGACAACAGCUAGACCGUAAGACUCAAACGUGAAAAGAGAGUAGCUGUGGCCAAACGUGGAAUUAGAUCACUAGCCAUAGCCGUUGCUCUUCCUCUGUCCUUGACCAUCUCUAACCUGUAUUUCUUCGGCACAACUAGGGGCUACGGAACGAGGACUGGGAGUAUAUCUAUGCCCUUCUGGUUCCCACCUCCGUGGGCCUUGCACUUGACCUGCAUGACUUCGAGUUUCUUGAUGGGACUCUCGGCCUGGCUUGUUUGGGCUGAAGGCGGAUUCCACAGGAACCCAGCGGCUCUCUAUCUUUACUUGGCUCAGCUAGGCUUGAGUUUGGCUUGGGACCCGAUUGUGUUUCGGAUGGCAGCGCCGUGAGUUGGGUUGCUAGUUUGUUUAGCUACGUUUGGGGCUCUUGUUGGAUGCUCUCGACAGUUCAAAGAGGUGAAUCCCAUUGCAGGCGAUCUGGUUAAGCCCUGUUUGGCAUGGGCUUCGUUUUUAGCCAUUGUAAAUCUUAAGCUCCUUUUUCUUUGAAAAGUUAAUAGGACACCGGUGUUCGUAUAUAUUUGUAGUUUAAUUCUAUAAAACUUUUGUCAAAA